UAAUUUUGUCCAGUACUAUAUGUGUUUGUUAAUUUUGUUAAAUUUAGUUGAAUGAAUAUACAUUCUUUUCAACCCAAGAGAUCAUAACACGUUAAGCGUUAAUGACAAACAAAGGUUUAAUAUUUGAAACAGUUGUUUCAAUGGAAUGCAGUCUGUAGUUUCCCCACGGGAAUAAAUGCAGCCUGGAAUAGCCCCAUGGUCAGAGUCUAGUUUGAUCCCUGUAUAGGGGAAUCAUAACUCUUUCCUCGCAAUAUCUCAAAAUCCCGUUAGAUAAUAUUUCACUCUCUUUCCAUGCAUGCCUUUAAAGUGCUCAGAAUGCGCUUAUUUCAUAUGUUUGUGCGUAAAUUAUACGCAAUUUUGAUAGUUUGGAACAGCCUUCCGCCUUUGGCGUCACAUGACACUGUAUUUGAGUUGCAUUUAAAAGUCACGGGAAAUAUAAACAUAGCUUCAAUGUUAUGAAGAAGUAUUUUACAGUUGAAUUUUAGGACACUUCUACGACGCGGACAUUUUAUCUGUUAAAAAAACAGACUGUCUGAUAUAAUACGUAUCCGUACGUUUUUUGUUUUUUAUUUCCCCGAGGUUUCAGUCUUUUCAAAACCUGAUGGUUGUGCUAUAGACCCUGAACGCCGCAUGACACAACAACGAAGAUGGCGUGUUGUGGAAACUGUUUUUGUUGCCAAUGUUGCUGCAGAGAAGGAGAGACACGAACUCCAGAAGAACUGACAAUCCUUGGGGAAAUCCGAGAUGAAGAAGAUGAGAUUCUACCCAGGAAAGACUAUGAGAGCUUGGAUUAUGACCGGUGCAUCAAUGAGCCCUAUGUGGAGGUUCUGGAGGGGAUGGACAACAGGAAAGCCAAAAAGUAUGAAGCAGUACGGUGGAUGAUGGUUUUCACUAUUGGAGUCACAGUGGGUCUGGUGGGCCUUUUUGUGGAUUUCUUUGUACGCCUCUUCACCAAACUCAAAUUUACUCUGGUUGGGGACUCUGUAGAGAAGUGCAGUGACAAAGGCUGUCUCCCUCUGUCUCUGCUGGAGCUCUUGGCAUUCAACAUGACCUUCGUCUUCAUUGCCAGUGUGCUUGUCCUCAUUGAGCCAGUGGCUACAGGUUCGGGGAUCCCAGAAAUUAAAAGUUACUUGAAUGGUGUGAAAAUUCCUGGAAUUGUCCGGCUGCGAACCUUUCUAUGCAAAGCAGCAGGAGUUCUGUUCAGUGUGGCUGGAGGUCUGUUUGUUGGGAAAGAAGGUCCGAUGAUUCACAGUGGAGCCAUUGUGGGAGCAGGCCUUCCUCAGUUUCAGAGCAUCACUUUCAAGAGGAUCAAAUUUGAUUUUCCCUAUUUCCGAAGUGACAGGGACAAGCGAGACUUUGUGUCAGCAGGUGCUGCUGCUGGAGUAGCUGCUGCUUUUGGCGCUCCUAUAGGUGGCACCCUCUUCAGUCUGGAGGAAGGCUCCUCUUUUUGGAACCAGGCCCUCACAUGGAAAGUGCUCUUCUGUUCCAUGUCGGCCACUUUCACCCUCAACUUCUUCCGUUCAGGGAUCAACUUCAGUAAGUGGGGCUCCUUCCAGCUGCCUGGUCUGCUCAACUUUGGAGAGUUCAAGUGUCCAGAUGGUGAUAAGAACUGCCACCUGUGGACAGCUGUGGACCUGGCUUUCUUUGUCCUGAUGGGGGUGGCGGGCGGCCUGCUGGGGGCACUCUUCAACUGCAUGAACAAGUGCUUGGCCAAGUAUCGCAUCAGACACAUCCACCCCAAGGCCAAGUUUAUCAGAGUUCUAGAGAGUCUGCUGGUUACCAUGGUGACAACAGUGGUGAUAUUUGCAGCUUCCAUGCUGUUAGGUGAAUGUCGUGACCUGUCCUCCCCCACAACUCAUAACACUACAUUCUCCGGCAGUGAGGACAUAAAUUCCACCAUCCGCCAGUUCUUCUGUACCAACAAGACUUACAAUGAUAUGGCCACGUUGUUCUUCAACCCACAGGAGGCUGCCAUCCACCAACUCUUUCACCAGGAUGGUACCUUCAGCCCGGUGACUCUAUCAGUGUUCUUCCUACUGUAUUUCCUAUUGGCCUGUUGGACCUACGGCGUGUCUGUACCCAGCGGUCUCUUUGUCCCCUCAUUGCUCUGUGGGGCAGCUUUUGGACGUCUGGUUGCCAACAUCCUCAGAGUGAAACUGGGAAUGGACAUCUACUCAGGAACAUUUGCUCUCAUUGGAGCUGCUGCCUUCCUCGGAGGCGUGGUCAGAAUGACCAUUAGUCUGACUGUGAUCCUCAUUGAAUCCACUAAUGAAAUCACAUAUGGACUUCCCAUCAUGAUCACUCUAAUGGUUGCCAAGUGGACUGGAGAUUUCUUCAACAAGGGCAUCUAUGACAUCCACAUCCAGCUAAGAGGAGUGCCUCUGCUGGAGUGGGAGACUGAAGUUGAGAUGGACAAGCUGACAGCUAGUGAUAUCAUGGAGCCCAACUUGACCUAUGUGUACCCCCACACCCGAGUCCAGUCUCUUGUCAGCAUCCUGCGCACCACAGUCUACCACGCCUUCCCUGUGGUCACUGAAAACCGCCAGAAUGAGCGGGACUUCAUGAAGGGCAAUAUUCUGGUCAGCAACAACAUCCGCUUCAAGAAAUCCAGUGUUGUGUCCCGUGCGGGGGAACAGCGACGCCGCUGCCAGUCCAUGAAGUCGUACCCAUCCAGUGAGCUGAGGAACGUGUGUGACGAACAGAGCGUCGUGGUAGAGCCCGCAGAGGAGGGAGAGGACCUGCUGCAGCAAAUGUUAGAGAGGAGGCAUGCUCCCUACCCCAACCUGUACCCAGAUCAGUCUCCCAGUGAGGAGUGGACCAUGGAGGAGCGUUUCAGACCGCUCACCUUCCACGGCCUCAUCCUGCGCUCUCAGCUGGUCAACCUGCUAAUCAGAGGAGUCUGCUACGCUGAGAACCAGUCGAGUGCCACCCAGCCCAGGUUAUCCUAUGCAGAGAUGACUGAAGAUUACCCACGUUAUCCUGACAUCCAUGACUUAGACCUCGCCCUGCUCAACCCCCGCAUGAUAGUGGAUGUCACCCCAUACAUGAACCCAUGUCCCUACACAGUGUCACCCAACACCCGCAUCUCCCAAGUCUUCAACCUGUUCAGGACCAUGGGCCUGCGACACUUGCCAGUGGUCAAUGCUGUCGGAGAAAUUGUUGGAAUAAUCACAAGACAUAAUUUAACUCACGAGUUCCUUGUGGCCAAACUGCGACAGCACUACAUCACUGUUUGACCUGACUCAGGACGCCCUACUGCUAUUCAGAUCCAAACUCUGUUCAGCCUAGUCCUGAGCCUUUGUCUCUGUCCAUUCCUAAUAGCAUGUAGACAUUCCUAAACAUAUGCAGGACAUUCACAACCAUUCACACAUCGUCUGUGGUACAUUAGGGAACACAGUUCUCCUGUAAGUGAAACCAAGUCUUACAUUUUCAGUGUUGAGGAAUUGUCAGCCUUCCUCCAGCCUAGUCUCAGAUCCACUGCUUCUCGAUGCUGGGACUGGGACCACAAAAUAUGGCUGUCAUAGAACCAUAUUUGACUAAACUCACAUCCACCACCAUACUGAUGGACUGAUGGCUGAUAAUUCAUGAACACUAGCUGUGCAUUCAGACUGUGAGCAACAGCGGGGUCUUUCUGUUUUGACACAACAACACUAGAGGAUCUUAAAGCAUUAAGCUUAAAGCAUUAGCAAUCGCUGCAAUUAGAUUUUGUCAAUCGUUAACAUAAUUGGGGAAGUACUAAAAGGUUAGCAAAAUAGCCUUGCUAGCAGCAGCAAGCUCUAGUUUGUUGAUUGUGUCAACAUGAGUCAUGUUCAUGAUACUCAUAUCAUAUUCAUUCAACUUUAGUUGUGCCCCACAUUUUAUUCCCUGGUUAUAAUGCCAUCCUCACCCCAAAGCUUCCAGAGGGCCUGCACCCUAAUUUGAGAUCCACUGUCACAGAAGGAUAGAAGUGAAAAUAAAGACUGAAAAACAGCAACAGCAGCUCACUCAAUGUAGGUUUGCAGAUAAACGUUGGUGGCAAUAGAAUAGUUCAGUGAUUCAAAUAAAUCUGAUGUUGAGCACAUUGACACUGGUGGUUGGAGACACAGUCAACCAACCAGAGCUUUGCAGACAGAAUUCACAAUGAAGAAGUCAUUGUCUUUUACACAGCCUUCUGCCUACCAAAGUACAUCCACUAAAAACCAAAUCUAAAAUAGUUAUAAAAUGUCAACAAGUUUGGAUGACACUGAUGUAACUGUGCAGGUUGUUGUAGUCAGAAUUGCACUUGCAGAAAUGACUGCAUUCUUUUUCAGUCAUCAUGAAAAAGUGAAGGAAUUUAAGGUUCCUGCAGUCACCAUCACAGCUUCUGUGUUAUUUAAAAUGACAUUAAGGAAAGAUACUUAAAAAUGUGAUAUUCUACCAGUGUCUAUCUUACACACUUCCUACUGAAUGAAGAAAAGUAGCAAACUGUGCUGUACAGAUACAGUAAUCAUGAACCACCUGAGAAGUAACUGAAAGGGCAUUUUAGUUUUGACACUAUACAUGGAAAGUUGUAGGUAGAGGUAAGGCUGUUUGCUGCAUCUGCAUCUUAGAUUAGGACAGGUACGUGUUAGUUUGAAUUAGUUUGAACCUGCAUGUUGGAAAAAGUGACAGCUCCAGUGACUUGUUGACGCAGUUGCUCACAGUUUGAAGCCUGUGGUACAGCAAACUACCAAAAUGAAAGGGCAGUUUCCUUACUACCUUCAGAAUCGUUCUUUUGACCUUUUGAAGAUGCUUUAUCAUUGUUGUCACUGUAGCACUUUUAUUUUUGACUAUUGUACAUUUUAAUUUUCUGUGUAAGUAACUGGAACAUAUGCACUAAAAACAGGCCGACAUUCCCUCACGGCCUGCAACUAAACUAGACUUCAGUAGUUCUUGGAAGUGGAGUUUGCCCAGUGACCAUGUCAGUUCAUUCCAAGCAGGACAUACGGCAACGUUUUCUAACCACGUCAGCAGUCUGUAAAUUCAUUAUGAUUGUUUUGCACAUAUGAUACGUAGUAAUAUUUUCACUGUCAUUCUGUCAGUUCAGUGUUAGAUUGUGCCAAGGCGAAGAGGACUGUGGAUUUGACCGUUUCCAGUAACAUUAAAACCAGUUACUGGUCUUAAUAUUGUGACUGUGUGUUGACCAAGGUUUUGUUAUAUGAUACAGAAUUGAAAGGACUGGAUUUUUGAAUGACAAACAGCACAAGUCCCAUUUUGCUAAAACUAAUAUUUAAACAGUUUCAUUUCAUUCAUUCAACAGUUAGUACUCUGACAUUAGAUUUUCAGCAGUAUAGUAUCUUUUUGGCCAGUUGUCCUAGUAUUUCAUUGUCAUUCCUUGAAGGGAUCAAAAAUGUGAAGCAAAGACAAGUAAAAGUAAGUUUUAAAUUAAUUGAUGGACAUGAAGUCCACCAUGUGUCAGGUUGAUGGAUUAUUAGCAUCCAUCCAUCCACACAUAUUUGUACAUCAGUAAUCCCUUAUCUGCUUUAUGUUUUAUUUAAGAGAUUAUUUUUUAUACAAUUUUAUUUUUAUGAUUUGCUGCCUGUGCUGUGAAUGACUCAGUGCCAUGCAAUUGCAUUUCUGUCUGAGCUAAUUUUAUUGUUUACCCAUUUUAAAUACUGUAUGGUCUGCAGUGUAUGAGAUUCAGAGAGAAACAGAGGAGAGUAUGUCCUCCUGUGAAUUGAGACCUCAUGGGCUGUUUGCCAAAUACUUUUUGUGUCACUUGACUUACGUGGAGACUUAACGCCCUGUGCUUGCUAGGAGUUUGUAGUUUCUACAAAUGUAGGAAAAAGGCACAUGGCAAAAAAGUUGCAGCCAUGGAACAAAGAAGCAGAGAACUCUGUCUUGUGCCUUUAUUAUUGUUAAAAUAAAGGUCCUUCUGUUUUCUCAAUCACACAAAGUGUGUCUGCAUAUAUUUUUGUGUAAAAACAUAGAUGAGGCUUUAUAUACUUAACCAUACUAACUUAACUAAAGUAUGUAAUAUGUUAACUAGUCUAGAGCUAAGUGGAUUAAUGGAUUAAUUCAUGUGUGGAUUAAUAGAAAAAUAAUCAGCAACUAUUUUGUCAGUCAAUUAAUUGAUAAAUCUAGAAAAUAAUCAGCAGAUGAAUUGAUAAUGACAAUUGUCAGUUGCUGCACACUGAGAGUGACAAACUGAAGUGUACUGAAACUGGAUGACAAGUAUAUGACAGGAUUUUAAUGUGUGCUGUUGCUCUUAUCAAAGACAUUUUUCUUCUUUUUGUGUAAUUUAAUUUGCAGUGGUGUACAAUGUGACGUACACAUAUAUAUAUACAGUAUAUCCAUUGAUACACAUAAUAAUCGGAGCCUGUCAGUGGUGAAAAUAAGCACUUUAGUGGAAGUACUUUUACAUUGGAUUACACUGCAGCAGUUGUUUGUGGUGGCCUGGUGCACUGUUCUUGCUCAAUACUACACAGAUUCCAAAUAUUGGUGUCCCUAACAAUCAUUUACUGUCAAAAGAUGGGAACAAAGAUCAUCCUGUUAUCCUUAAAGGUUAGGUAUGCUGAUGGUUAAAGUAAACCGUAAGAGGUGAGAAAUAAAUUUAUUCAAUGAA